CAUUUUCUUUCAUCUGUCAGAACGUCUCUGUCUCGCCUUCAUUUUUUGAGUCUCUCUCAAUCUCACUCCAGUCUCAUCUCAGUCACACUCGCCGGCGUCUCGUGGUUCGUCUCGCCGACGUCUCGUCGUCACGCGGCCUUCCUCGUCAUCUCACUCGAGUCUCGUCCCUGGGCUCCUCGUCGCCAGCGGCAGAGGCAACUCGUGGGGUCGUGGCUUGCUUCGUCGCUUUCCGUGGGGUCGUCGUCUUCUGGUUUCUUUUCGUCGUCUUCGCGUGGACCGUGGAUCAUUGUUGGACGAGUGAUCCAGUUAUGUAUCUGGGUCGAUUACGGGUUCAAAUAAGUAAUAACUAUAAUUCAUGACGAUGAAGUGAAGCGUGAUACUGAUCAUGGCGUCUCGUCGUUGCUUCACAAUGUUGAGACGGGCUCGUUUGGCUUCGGUAUUCCUUCGACACUUCACCACAACUCCCAACACCAUUACCCACCACUCUUCUUCUUCAUUGUUGUUGCCACCAUUACUGAGAGUCUUUGACUCUGCCAAAAUGGCGUCGUGUUUCCGGCACUACCACGACGGAAGGCCCAGAGGCCCACUUUGGAGAGGAAAGAAGCUCAUUGGCAAAGAGGCGCUCUUUGUCAUUCAAGGUUUGAAGCGCUUCAAGGAUGACCACGACAAACUUCACAAGUUCAUCAAAAACCAUGUCUUGAGGCUCUUGAAGCUCGACUUGAUCGCUGUUCUCACUGAGCUUGAGCGCCAGGAAGAAGUUUCUCUCGCCCUCACGGUUUUUAAGGUGAUGCAAAAGCAAGAUUGGUACAUUCCGGAUAAAUACUUGUAUAAGGACUUGAUUAUUGCACUGGCAAGGGCUAAAAAGAUGGACGAAGUAAUGGAAAUGUGGGAAAGCAUGAAAAAGGAGAAUCUCUACCCUGAUUCUCAGACCUAUACUGAGGUUAUAAGAGGCUUCUUGAAGUAUGGGUCUCCUGCAGAUGCGAUGAAUGUGUAUGAGGACAUGAAGAAUUCUCCAGAUCCACCAGAGGAGCUACCAUUCAGGAUUCUGUUGAAAGGGCUCUUGCCUCAUCCACUUCUGAGAAACAAAGUGAAACAAGAUUUUGAGGAGAUUUUUCCUGAUUCAAGUAUAUAUGAUCCACCACAAGAGAUAUUUGGUGUACGCUGAGGAGCUCCAGGCCUUAUGAAGCAUUCUGGAAGGAGCUGAGUUGUGGAACAACCAGGGUAGGAGUUGAGGGCCAAGGCUGUUAUGGAUGGUGCUUCUUGUUUGAGCUUCAUUUUGUAGGUUGAGGGUUUACAUUUACUGAUUAGUCUUUGUAUAUAGUGUUGAGGUGGAUUGAACUUAGAUCGGUUUGAAAGAUGUUGAUGCUCUUUUUCAAUUUCAUCGUCCAUAACUCCGUAUCAGCAAUGUGCAAUUUGUUAUCAAAGAAAAAUAAAUUUUUAGUAUUUGCUGAACAGCAUGAUGGAUAUUAAACUUUUAAGC